AUGAGCGAGGACUUGGAUCAAAGGCCUGCGAAAAGACCGCGCUUCUUUGUGGAUGAUGCUGUGUCUUCGCUAGGCCCGGACACGUCGAAUACCGACGCGUCGCUACCGCGGUACCACCCCGGUCUCAAGGGUCAUGGUACAGAGCAAGAUGGUCAGGACAAUAUCCCGGAGAUACAAUCGCCUAGGGAUGACGAACCUUCAAAAGAUUCCACAGAAAAACCGGCUCCUCCCUCCCCGACUGAGAUACCAGGCACUGCAAUGACGGAUUCAACCUCGGCGCCUUCACAGCUGAAUGGGAUUACUGGGCUACAUACAAACGAACUCCUUGUUGCGAAGAGCGAACCGCUGGUUGAGGAUGCAGCCGGCUUUGAUGUGGAACUUUUCACCAGCAUCAUAGGAGAACGACUCCCUCCGGCCUCUAUAGAAACCAUCCAAACCGCCGCUUCAAACAACAUUGAAAGAGCAGUGAACAUAUACUUUGACGGUUCAUGGAAGAAGCCCUUGAAGCCGAGCUCACGGACAAACCCUAUCCCUUUUCGUGGAACCUAUUCUGCACAGCCAGACUCUCGUGCUGGGGUAUCUUCCCAGGCCAACGACAAUCCUUCGACUGAAUAUGACUCUUUGUCACGAAAGUUACCUCCCUCGCGAUUCAUCGGAGCAUUUGGUGUAGGUGGCUGGGCGACUCGGAGCGGGCCUGCCUUGCUGAAGCAUGGAGAUCCUGUUAAAAUCGAGCGUGCCAGAUCGCAGCCGACUACCAAACGCGUUCGUGGAGGCAAAACGAUGAUCAACCAUAAGGGCGAUGUCUUGACACGAUUCACCAAUACUGCAGGGCAAGAGGUUGGACGACUGCCUCAUGAAACAGCAGAGUGGGUUUCUACUCUGAUCGACCAAAAUAUUUGCCAUUUUGAAGGAGUUUGCGUCUUUAGUGACGACAGGCUAAGAGUCAACGAUACCAUUUAUCUACAGUUGCACUGUUUCCUUCGUAGAGAAUCGUUCCAGAACGGGUUGAACAUCGGAUCCGGAACCGAUGAUAACAGAUCUACUGGCCUCUUUGAAGAAAAAGAGAGCAUAGAGGAGAAGAACCUACGACUUCGACAGGUGUCCCUCGUUAAAUUAUUCGAUGCAAUUGAACUCAAGCCCACAUCGACAAAUCCUGCCACGGAGAAACACAAAAAGAGCGGAAUUCUCCGGGCUGCCGAGAUGGCAGAGCAGUAUGACGGUGUCAAAAAAGAGAAAUCUAAAGGCUCCAAAGACCCCGAAGACUCCUCUGAAGAGGACGACACUCCGGAGCUUGCUCAAGACCAGCUUGAUGCUCUGUAUCGGAAAGCCCAAUCAUUCGACUUCAACAUGCCGGAGGCUCAGCCUGCGCCGACUUUCAGAAUGAAUCUUCGAAAAUAUCAGAGGCAGGCUCUUCACUGGAUGCUUUCAAAGGAGAAGGACCGGAAACAGACUCGUGAACGUUCAAUGCAUCCACUAUGGGAGCAAUACAAAUGGCCAGUGAAAGACAGCGAUGACAAAGAUCUUCCUGCUUUCGAAGGAAUUGAGCAUUUCUACGUCAAUCCAUACUCGGGAGACCUCAGCGUGGACUUCCCAGCUCAGGAACAACACUGCCUGGGUGGAAUACUAGCAGAUGAGAUGGGACUCGGAAAGACGAUCGAAAUGAUGAGUCUUAUCCAUUCCCAUAGAAUCGAGCCUCCCCGAUUGUCAAACGACAUGAGUUCUGUGAACGACCUUGCCCGAUUACCGCAUUCGACAGGCAUAGUUCCCGCGCCAUACACAACUUUGGUCGUUGCCCCCACGUCACUACUUUCGCAGUGGGAGAGUGAAGCAUUGAAAGCGUCGGAAGAGGGGAGCAUGCGUGUUCUCAUGUACUAUGGGGCCGAGAAGGUUGUCAAUCUUCGAGAUCUUUGCUGUGAAUCUAAUUAUGCUUCUGCACCCACUGUUAUUGUAACCAGCUUCGGUACUGUGCUAUCUGAGUUUCGCUAUUUGGCAUCUCAAUCCAUGAUAUCAGCCGGUGCAUACGGUGGCUUGUUCUCUGUCGAGUUCUUCCGCGUUAUCAUCGAUGAGGCCCAUACGAUCAAGAAUCGGCGUUCCAAAACUACUAAAGCCUGUUGUGAACUCAAGACCACCCAUCGAUGGGUCCUCACAGGUACGCCUAUUGUCAAUCGGCUGGAAGACUUGUUCAGUCUAGUGCGAUUUUUGAAGGUCGAACCCUGGAGCAACUUCUCGUUCUGGAAAACAUUCAUCACGGUUCCAUUUGAAUCGAAGGAGUAUAUCCGGGCUCUCAAUGUUGUACAGAGCGUUCUCGAGCCACUUGUUCUUCGACGAACGAAGAGUAUGAAAACCCCAGAAGGUGAACCAUUAGUUCCCCUGCCAGCUAAAGUCGUCACCAUUGAGGAAAUUGAACUUCCUCAAAAAGAGCGAGAAAUCUAUGACUGCAUCUAUAAUCGGGCCAAGCAAACCUUCAAUGACAAUGUCGAGGCUGGUACUCUGCUGAAGUCUUACUCCACCAUUUUUGCUCAGAUCCUCCGUCUCCGCCAGACUUGCUGUCACCCUGUUCUGACCCGUAACAAAGAGAUCGUGGCAGAUGAGGAAGUCGCUGCGGCUGUCGCUGAUGCAGCCAACGAGAUGAAAGAUGACAUGGACCUUCAGCAACUGAUCCAACAAUUCACUGCUGCAACAAAUGCGAAUGCUGAAUCCGAAGAUCGGUCCGUCAAAUUUACUGCACACGCUCUUCGACAGAUCCAAACCGAGUCUAGUGGAGAGUGUCCUAUCUGCUGUGACGAGCCCAUGAAUGAUCCAGCAGUGACGGCAUGUUGGCAUAGUGCAUGCAAGAAGUGCCUUCAGGAUUUUGUGGCACACCAGAUGAACAAGCAGGUCGAACCACGAUGCUUCUCAUGUCGAGCUCCAAUCGAUGCUAAGAAUAUUUUCGAAGUUGUUCGUCAUCCGUCUUCUAAUCCGACGCCAAUGGAUGAAUUUGCUUCUAGUGAAACGGCACCAACCGCUUCACAGCCUGCCCCACGUAUUUCCCUUCGUCGUAUCAACCCGCUUUCGCCAUCUGCACAUACCUCUGCCAAAAUUCAUGCGCUGAUCAACCAUCUCUCGCGGGUUCCAGCGGGCACAAAAUCGGUUGUCUUCUCUCAAUUCACGUCGUUCCUCGAUCUUAUCGGCCCCCAACUAACUCGCGUUGGUAUCAAGCACGUUCGACUUGAUGGGUCUAUGGCCCAGAAGCAGCGCAAACAGGUCUUGGAGCAAUUCGCCAAGGCCGAGACUUAUGAAGAGGAGAUCGUAGACUCUGAAGCCGAUGAGAAUGGUCACUCUUCAUCCUCUAAGCAGACCCCUACGGUUCUAUUGAUCUCUCUCCGCGCUGGUGGUGUCGGCCUCAACCUCACGGUGGCAAGCAAUGUCUUUCUCAUGGAUCCUUGGUGGAGCUUUGCGGUGGAGGCCCAAGCGAUUGAUCGUGUCCAUCGUAUGGGUCAAACACGCGAUGUCUCGGUCACGCGAUUCGUCAUCAAAGACUCCAUUGAGGGUCGGAUGCUGCGCGUCCAAGAACGCAAAAUGAACAUUGCCGGCUCCCUUGGGCUACGUGUUGGUGGUGAUGAAGCUGACGAUGGCAAGAAGGAACGGAUUACGGAGUUGAAGAUGUUGUUCGAGUAG